AUGCCGCCGAACCGACGCGCAACAAAAGCCUGUGCGAGAUGCCGUAGGCGCAAGACAAAGUUUCCACAAUGCAGUUCAUGUGCUCGAGCGAAUACCGAGUGUACUGGCUUAGACGUUGUCACCGGGACCGAAUUGCCUCGGAGCGAAGUCGAACAUCUGGAACAUCAAAUCCAACAGCUUGAAUCGGAAUUGGAUGCACUUGAUGCUUCUCAAACAUCCACGGGAUCUUUGAACUUUGAGAGCGCUCUGGAUGCUCUUCAGUCGUGCCUUGUUAAUGCACAGCUGGGCACACAAGGCGAAUCUCGUCCUCGGGUAGGAGGUGCUAGCAACGAUUACAAAUUGUGUGAGAAGCUCUUGCUGUCGCCAGCGCCGUUCACGCGGGCCUUGGAUGAUGUAUAUGUGACGGCUUCUGCGCCCCUAUCUGGUAUCGGGCACAAACGAGGGAUCCCGCUGAGACUCGUUCCUCAUGAGGUCAUGGCCAUCUUACUGAAAAACUACAAAGAAACCUACCUGGUACAAUAUCCAUUCAUUGAUGAGAACGAACUGGAUGCAUCGUUCUCAAGAAUUAUAAACUCUUCCGCAGGCUCCGCCACCGAAGCCUCUCAUUUUGACCAGUUCAGUGUCGGUAUGGCUCUGGCUAUCAGUGCUAUGACCCUUAUCCGGUAUGACGAAAUGAGAGCGACGACCAAGGCCUUCGAAUUCUGGAAUGCGGCCAAACUGCAUUUGCCGUUUGUCUUUGAUGGACCACGGCUUGAGCUACUGCGCUCACUCUCCUUGCUUGCCCACUAUUUCUUCUUGAAUCCACAAGCUGGUGACGCUUGGACAUGCUCCGGCGCAGCCCUCGGCCUUGCCUUGGAGAUGGGUUUGCAACAUGAAACGACCACCUUCGAAGGUAAAAUGCUCAACGAGAAAGAGCGGAACCAGCGGCGGGUGCUUUUCUGGGCAACAUAUAUGAUGAAUGGGUAA